UUCAACAUAGAGCUCACUCAUGAGUUUCAGAAGGAGGGAAAUAUAUCCUAAAAAGCCCAAUAGUGCAACCUUAUGCAUGUUUAUUCAGAAGUUCGUCCUACUGUGUUCAAGGGAGCUUAUACACAGAGACCGGAGGAUGAGGCUGUUGUGGAUCUGGGAGGUACCAGGAAUGUUGUCAACAUUCGUUAUGAACCCGAAGAGCUGGAAGGGCACAGGACUCUGUAUGUUGGGGUGCGGAUGCCUUUAGUGAGACAGACCCACAGACAUCACAGACAUGGCCAGAGGCACAGGAAGCGAGAUCGGGUGCAACAAAUUCAAGAAAGUACUGGGUCUUAUGAUUCCCCAUCUCGGAGAGUUCAGUUUAUCAUUGGCAUGGAGGAGGAUGAGGAACAUUGCCCCCAUGACUUGUUCACAGAGAUGGAUGAAAUCUGCGUGAAAGAGGAUGAUGAUUCAGCGUGGAAGGAAACAGCAAGGUGGGUGAAGUUUGAAGAAGAUGUGGAAGAUGGAGGAGAGCGUUGGAGUAAACCCUAUGUUGCAACCCUCUCACUGCACAGUAUCUUUGAGCUGAGGAGCUGCAUCAUCAACGGGAUUGUCCUUCUGGAUAUGAACGCAAGCACCAUGGAAGAAAUUGCAGACAUGGUUCUGGAUAACUAUGAACCUUCUGAGGAGCUUGAUAAGAACACCCGUAAAAAAGUCUGGGACGCCCUUUUGAGGAAUCAUUACCAUCAGAAUGGAAAGAAGAAGAACAUCCUCCCAAUUGUCCGCUCUUUUGCUGAUGUCUCCCAGAAAAAAACUGAACCUCCCUCGACAGAUAAAGCAGGAGUGAGCUCACCAAGUGCCCCACCUCCUCCAGGCUUGGACGCAAAAAAUGGAAUAAUCCAUGAUAUUACCCCAACAGACUUAACUAAGGCAGAGCUUCAUUUUAUGAAGAAGAUUCCCACUGGAGCAGAAGCCUCAAAUGUUCUGGUGGGAGAGCUGGAUUUUCUUUCUCGGCCUUUUAUUGCCUUUGUGCGCUUAUCACCAGCCGUUCUUCUCCCAGGCAUGACUGAAGUUCCUCUUCCUACCAGGUUCCUGUUUAUCUUGCUGGGUCCAUUAGGGAAAGGACAACAGUAUCAUGAGAUUGGAAGGUCAAUGGCUACCCUCAUGACUGAUGAGAUUUUCCAUGAUGUUGCUUAUAAAGCUAGGGACCGUAACGACCUUUUAGCUGGGAUUGAUGAAUUUCUAGAUCAGGCGACAGUGCUACCACCUGGAGAAUGGGAUCCAUCAAUUAGAAUUGAGCCACCAAAAAAUCUCCCUUCCCAGGAAAAGAGAAAGUUACAGGGAACUCCAGGAGCCCCUAAUGGAAGCAUUAGCCAAGAAGAUGCAGAAGAUGAUCAUGGUGGGCCAGAACUCCAGCGAACGGGAAGGCUGUUUGGUGGCUUGAUCUUGGAUGUGAAACGGAAGGCUCCUUGGUACUGGAGCGACUAUAAAGAUGCUAUGAGUUUGCAGUGCUUAGCUUCUUUCCUCUUCCUGUACUGUGCCUGCAUGUCUCCUGUGAUCACCUUUGGGGGGUUGCUUGGAGAAGCAACAGAGGGAGAAAUAAGUGCAAUAGAAUCCUUGCUUGGAGCCUCAAUGACUGGGGUGGUGUAUUCCCUCUUUGCUGGUCAGCCUCUCACCAUCUUGGGAAGUACUGGGCCGGUACUGGUCUUCGAGAAGAUUUUAUUCAAAUUCUGCAAAGACUAUCACCUAAAUUAUCUCUCUCUACGAACUUGCAUUGGCCUGUGGACUACAUUCAUGUGUGUCUUCCUUGUAGCAACUGAUGCCAGCUGCCUUGUGUGCCAUAUAACUCGCUUUACAGAAGAAGCGUUUGCCUCUUUGAUCUGCAUCAUUUUCAUCUAUGAGUCUCUAGAGAAACUGAUCAAGUUGGGGAAAACCUACCCAUUUCAUAUGCACACCGAUCUUGAUCAACUGAGCUUGUAUUACUGCAGGUGUUCAGCCCCAGUGAAUCCCAGCAAUGAGACCCUGAAGUACUGGAAAGACAACAACAUCAUUCCUUCAGCCGUCACAUGGGCUAAUCUCACAGUCUCCAAAUGCCGGAAGAUGCUGGGAGAAUUCACAGGACCUUCAUGUGGCGUCGAUGGCCCUUUCACCCCGGAUGUUCAUUUUUGGUGCUGCAUUUUAUUUUUUACCACCUUUAUCCUGUCGAGUACGCUGAAGAGAUUUAAGACCAGUAACUAUUUUCCAACAAGAGUUCGUUCAGCAGUAGGUGAUUUUGCUAUUUUCAUUACCAUUGCUACCAUGGUUAUAAUUGACUACUUAGUUGGAGUCCCAUCACCAAAGCUACAUGUUCCCAGGGUCUUCAAGCCAACAAGAGAUGACCGUGGGUGGCUCAUUAGUCCAAUUGGUGAGAAUCCCGGGUGGACAGUAGCAGCAGCUAUCAUCCCAGCUCUGCUCUGCACCAUACUGAUAUUUAUGGACCAGCAGAUCACUGCGGUUAUUGUGAACAGGAAGGAACAUAAGCUUAAGAAAGGGGGAGGCUACCACUUGGACCUUCUAACGGUGGGCGUCAUGAUUGGUGUGUGUUCAGUGAUGGGGUUGCCCUGGUUUGUUGCUGCCACCGUUCUUUCCAUCAGUCACGUGAACAGCCUCAAACUGGAGUCCACCGUGGCAGCUCCUGGAGAGCAACCUAAAUUCCUGGGCAUACGCGAGCAAAGAGCUACUGGAUUGAUGAUUUUUAUACUAAUGGGCCUCUCGGUUUUCAUCACUGGUGCAUUGCAGUUUAUACCUAUGCCUGUCCUCUAUGGAGUGUUCCUAUACAUGGGUGUUUCUUCCCUGGAUGGAAUUCAGUUCUUUGAUCGCCUGAAGCUCAUUGGAAUGCCAACCAAGCACCAGCCGGACUUCAUCUAUCUUCGACACGUUCCAUUGCGAAAAGUGCACCUCUUCACUGGCAUCCAAAUGACCUGCCUCAUUCUUCUCUGGGCUAUUAAGGCAUCUCGUGCUGCUAUUGUCUUUCCCAUGAUGGUUUUGGCAUUGGUCUUCGUACGGAAGGUCAUGGAUGUCUGCUUUUCAAAGCGGGAACUCAGUUGGCUUGAUGACCUUAUGCCAGAGAGCAAGAAGAAAAGAUUGGACGAUGCACAAAUUGUGGCAGAACAAGAGAGAUCAACAGAGGAGUCUGAAGGGAUGAAAGAAUCUUCGGAAGAAACUGUAGUUCAAAUGCCAAAUUUACUUACUGUACCAGGAGCUGGAACUCCACCACCAAAACCUCUCAAAAAAAAUAUCAACAGGCCUGACCCUUUAGAAAUCAACAUCACUGAAGAAAUGUCUAAAACAACUUUGUGGAAGAACAUCAAGCAUAAUGAAUAA